AUGGCAUCUCCUGGUUUUACCAAAGCUGCCGUGCUUACUUUAGCAUUGUGUGGUCUUUCAAACGGACUUCCACAAAGUUCCUCCAACAAUGAGUUCCAUAAACGUGAUCCAGACCCUAUAGCCCUUCCAACCUACGAUUAUGUAGUUGUUGGCUCUGGGCCUGGAGGCGGUCCCGUUGCUGCCAGAUUGGCUCUCGCUGGAUACAAGGUUCUACUGAUGGAUGCCGGUGACGAUGAAGGCAACAUGCUCGUUCAAGAAAUCCCCUUACUCAGUCUUCAGUCUACGGAGACUCCGUCACAGGAGUGGGAUUACUUUGUACAGCAUUACGACAAUCAGACACUUGAGGAAACAGAUUCCAAAUUUACCUGGGAACUGCCCGAUGGAUCCAGAUUUGUGGGCGGUGACCCGCCAGCUGGAGCAAAACCCCUCGGAAUAUUGUACCCACGUGCUGGAACCCUUGGCGGCUGUGCAGGGCAUAAUGUCAUGAUAACAACUACACCUCAAGACAGUGAUUGGGAGACUGUUGCAUCGAUAACAGGUGACAACUCAUGGAAUCCUGAUUCGAUGAGACAAUAUUGGGAACGUGUGGAAGAUAGCCUCUAUCUCCCAAACGGUACUUCUGGACAUGGAUUUAACGGCUGGCUCGAAACAAGCCUUGCGCAACUGGAUCUCUUCCUUGGAGAUAGCAGGAUUAUGAAUAUUGUCCGAGCAGCUGCUACAGUUGUUGGAAAUGAAAUAAGCAGCAUGUCUACCGCUUACCAACAAUGGUUGACUGGCGAUAUCAAUAGCGAUUCUUCCACUCGAGACUUCACUGAAGGCCUAUUCCGAGUUCCAGAGGCUGUCAAGCAGCCCAGUUGGGAUAGAGCUGGACCACGAGACUUUAUCCUCCAGGUUGCAAAUGCUGUUAACUCGGAUGGAUCUCGAAAAUAUCAUCUUGAUAACGGGCCUGUACCUAAAGCCAUAGGAGUCGACUUCCUAGCUGGUCAAACUCCAACUGGGAAGGGAAGCGUCAAUGUCACCCGUGAAGUGAUUAUCUCUGCCGGCACCUUCAACACACCUCAGCUUCUCAAACUUAGUGGGGUUGGACCUGCUGCAGAGUUGAAAUCAUUUGAUAUCCCAGUUGUUGUCGACCUACCAGGCGUGGGAACUGGUAUGAGCGACCGUUAUGAGGUAACCGUUGUGCAAGAAUCGACGCAAAAUUUUACAGUGUUUAACGGUUGUACUUUACUCCAAACUCCGGAUGACCCAUGUCUUCUGCAGUGGGAGAACAACCACACUUCUCCAGGCAUUUAUUCAAGCAAUGGAAUUGUUUUCGGAAUUCCUAUGAAAUCAUCAGUUGCAUCCCCGGAUACAGCUGAUCUUCUGAUGGCUGGACUCCCAGCAAAUUUCCGCGGUUAUUUCCCUGGGUAUUCCAAGAUAGCUUUUGCAGACGCACAGCAUUUCGCGAUCCUUGUUCUCAAAGCUCACAAUAGAAACUAUGCUGGCACCAAUGGGGGUGAUGAGGAUGUUCAGGCUGUAUAUGACGGAGUAAAACUCAUACGCGAAAUAUAUGGGAACCUCAGUUUAGUGGAUAACACCGGGACCGAGGUCACUCCUGGACCAGAUGUACAAACUGAGGAAGAAAUCAAGGAUUUUAUCAGACGGGAGGCGUGGGGCCACCAUGCUUGCUGUACCGCGAGAAUCGGCGCCGAUAAUGACUCUACAGCCGUCCUGGAUAGCGAGUUUAGGGUUAGAGGAACAACAGGUCUACGUGUUGUAGACGCAAGUGUCUUCCCAGAGAUCCCAGGAUAUUUUAUCGUUUCCGCGGUCUAUAUGAUUAGUGAAAAGGCGGCCGAUGUUAUCAUUGCGGAUGCGAAGGCUUCGUCGUAA